CAAGCCUGUUGAUUCUCACGUUAAUACCUUACUUCAUUCCAUUCCAUGCGGGUCACAAUGUGGUACCUUAACGUCUGUCUCCUGUUUGUAGGAAUUCAAUACACAGCGGCUUCAACAUGUACAUCGCACUACCACGGCCGCUGUGUGAGCCUGUAUGACGAUUGUCACGUGGGAGACAGGUAUAGUUACAACUACUGUGGCUUCCUACAGAAAUGUUGUGUUACUCCGCAUAGUACACACACCACCACAGCCGCACCACACCACGGAGGCGGAAGUGUUUCCACUCAUAAUAACGGACAGUGUGGAACUUCAUCAGUAGGUUCUACCCAUACCAAAAUUGUUGGUGGUACUACUGCCUCACAUGGGGAAUUUCCAUGGCAGGUGUCGCUGAUGUAUGGCGGAAGUCACGUGUGUGGUGGUACACUUAUUGACUCACAGUGGGUCGCUACUGCUGCUCACUGCUUUGAAGAUUACCACAACGUUCGUCACUGGACUGUCGGUGUGGGUCUUCACGACCGCCACCAUAUCUAUACAAGUCAAGUCCACCAUGUCCGCAACUUGAUUGUCCACUCUGGCUACAAUUCACGUACAAACCUCAACGAUAUUGCCCUGAUGAAACUGGACAAACCAGUAGCUAUCAACACUCAGUAUGUCCGAGCUGCUUGUUUGCCAGACUCUAAUGAUCAUUUCGAACAAACGACGUGUACAGUUACUGGAUGGGGUGCCACCUACUUUGAUAACCAUGGUAAUGCCCCGGGUGCUCAGUACUUAAGAAAGGUAGAUGUACCGACGAUGACAAACUCCCAGUGUCAGUAUUUUCUGGGUAGAAAUCACGUGCACACCAGUAAUCUCUGCGCAGGUCUGAGAGCAGGCGGGAAAGAUGCUUGCCAGGGUGAUAGUGGCGGACCUUUAGUGUGUAAGAAGGACGGAGUGUGGAAAUUGGCGGGAAUCGUGUCCUGGGGAUACGGCUGUGGGGACAGGAACGCCCCCGGGGUGUACACACGUCUUGGGUCUGAUUGCACGUUAUCUAAGUGUCAAGUCUGCGAUUCUCACGAAUUUUCUCACUUCGGUCUCUUUCUACAAACUGAACUGGUCAUAAUGUGGCUCAUCAACGUUUGUCUUCUGUUUCUCGGAGUACAAUAUACAGCAGCAUCAACAUGUUCCACUUCACUGCAUGGUCGCUGUGUACAUUUAUAUGACUAUUGUCACGUUGGAGACAGCUAUACGUAUAACUUCUGUGGAUUCCUGCAGAAAUGUUGUAUCCCUCCGACUUAUGUACAAACACACACCACACCACCCCCACAUUCCGGAGGUGUGUCCCCGAAUAAUGUAGCCCAAUGCGGAACUUCAUCGGUAGGUUCCACCCAUACUAAAAUAGUGGGCGGUACUACAGCAUCACAUGGGGAAUUUCCAUGGCAGGUGUCGCUGAUGUACGGCGGAAGUCACGUGUGUGGUGGUACACUUAUUGACUCACAGUGGGUCGCUACUGCUGCUCACUGCUUUGAAGACUACCACAAUGCUCGGUACUGGACCGUGGGUGUGGGGAUGCACGAUCGCCACCAUGUGUAUACAAGUCAGGUCCAUCAUGUCCGCAACUUGAUUGUCCACUCUGGCUACAAUUCACGUACAAACCUUAACGAUAUUGCCCUGAUGAAACUGGACAAACCUGUAGAUAUCAACAGUCAAUACAUCCGAGCUGCCUGUCUGCCACAUUCUUACGACCAAUUCGAACAAAUGACGUGUACAGUUACUGGAUGGGGUGCCACAUAUUUCGAUAACAACGGCAAUGCCCCGGGCGCUCAGUACUUAAGAAAGGUUGAUGUACCGACGAUGACAAACUCCCAGUGUCAGUAUUUCUUGGGUAGAAAUCACGUGCACACAAGUAACAUCUGCGCAGGUUUGAGGGCAGGCGGAAAAGAUGCCUGUCAGGGUGACAGCGGUGGACCUUUAGUCUGUAAGAAGGACGGAGUGUGGAAACUGGCGGGAAUCGUGUCCUGGGGGUACGGCUGUGGGGACAGGAACGCCCCCGGGGUGUACACACGUGUCAGUUCUUUCCUCACUUGGAUAAACCAACAAAAAGCAGCUCAUUGUGGAUUAAGUACACCUAUAACGACACAUCAGUAUAAAAUAGUGGGAGGCACAAGGGCUAAGCCUGGCGAAUUCCCAUGGCAGGUUUCAAUGAGAUCAAAUGGACAUCACGUGUGCGGUGGGAUACUUAUAGCUGAUCAAUGGGUUCUCACAGCUGCGCACUGCUUCAAUGAGAACAAGAAUCCUAGAGCUUGGACAGUAGUGGUGGGAGAAAAUGACCGGGCUGUGCUGGAGGGGCACGAAAUCCUAGAGAAAGUGGAUACCCUUUUCGUCCACUCCCACUAUAGCCAAAGUCAGUACUUCAACGACAUAGCAAUGUUAAAAUUAGGGAACCCUGUUCCCGCCUUUACAGAGUACGUCAGACCCGUCUGUCUCCCGUUAGCCAAUGAGAGCUACGAUGGAAUGAUUUGUACAGUGACCGGUUGGGGCGCUGCGUAUAGCGGCGGCCUUGGUACACGUGGCCUGUAUAAAGCAAACGUUCCUCUGAUCUCCAAUUCAGUGUGUUCAUAUCUAAUGGACAAAACUAUUCCGGAUACAGAAGUCUGUGCUGGCAGAAAACAUGGUGGCGUUGACUCGUGUCAGGGGGAUUCGGGAGGCCCGAUGGUCUGUAUCAAAGACGGUGUCUGGAAGAUCGUGGGUAUCGUGUCGUGGGGGUACUCCUGUGCUGAGGCCUACCAGCCGGGGGUCUACACCCGAGUGUCCGCCUACCUGGACUGGAUCCAGUCCGUCCUGGCGUACUACGGGGGCCCCUCCGGAUCCGCCCCAGUGGUGGGGAAAAGGGGCGUGGUCCAUUAUCCAUAAACACGCUGUUGUGGAACUUUUA